UUUAGUGGCCGCUAUAACUAUUGGUAACAUUCUUCCACAGAUAGCAUGUAAUAAAAGUGAGGCCAAAAUGACACUUACCAUUUAAAGAAUGCAGUGUACUGCAAUUCACUGAGUCACAAAAUAUCAACCAACAAAUGAGAGGUUCAAUGCCAUGUUAGUUCCAUUGUGCAAGACACAAUUAACUCACCGUAAAUUUUGACACCAAAUACAACAGAACAAGGAACUAUAUAAUACUCGGCCACUCUCUUAUAGUUUCAAACACAAAAACCUAUUUCAAUAUUCAAAAGACCUGUGAUAAAAUGGCUUACAAAGCUUCCUUUUUCCUUGCACUAAUUCUCAUUAACAAUAUGCUGCUUAACACUACUUGCCAAGCACACAAUAUUAUUCCGAAAAACUCAAACACCGAUGAUAAGAAAGAGCCUCAGUGGUUUUUCCAUUUUGAUGGGAUUCCAGGCUUCGGGCGAAUGUUGCCACCUUGGUUUGGUUAUACACCUCAAACUCCACCAAAUGGCGCCGGCGCAGAAUCAGGACCAGGAUUAGCACCAGCUGGUGGAAGCUAUGUUCCAGGUGGUGACGACACCUUUGUGCCAAAUCCUGGUGUCGAGGUUCCAAAUCCUGGCAGUGGUGGCGCAGUUCCACUUCCAGCAACAGUUCAUCCUUGAAUUUGCUCAAUUAUGAACCAUCAUACAUUAUUCAUACAAUGAGAAGCAUUGCUACGAGAUAAUUGUUUACCCGAAACAAUUA